GUUUUGUGUGACAUGGAUUUUCAAGGAGGUGGAUGGACUGUAGUUCAGAAAAGAACUGAUGGAAUAAUUCCAUUUCAGAGAACAUGGUCUGAAUAUCUGGAUGGAUUUGGUGACCUUUCUGGGGAAUUUUGGCUUGGACUGAGGAAGAUUUUUCACAUAGUAAAUCAAAAAUCCACUAGUUUCAGUCUUUAUGUGGAUUUGGAAUCAGAAAAUGACAAGCAUGCCUAUGCAUCAUAUGAUGGAUUUUGGAUAGAGGAUGAGGCAUGUUCUUUUAAGAUCCAUUUGGGGCGUUAUUCAGGAAACGCUGGUGAUGCAUUCAGAGGAUAUAAAAAAGAAGAUAACCAGAACUCAAUGCCUUUCAGCACAUUCGAUGUUGAUAAUGAUGGGUGCAGGCCAAUGUGCACUAUCAAAGAACAGCUUGUCAAGAGCUGCAGUAACUUCAGUGAUAACACUGGAUGGUGGUUCAACCAGUGUGGCCUUGCAAAUCUUAAUGGUGUUCAUCGCUACACAGGUAGAUUUCUUGCAACUGGGAUUCACUGGGAUACCUGGACAAUGAACAAUAAACCAGUCAAAAUUAAAUCAGUUUCAAUGAAAAUUCGGAGAACCUAUAAUCCGUAUUUCCAGUAA